AUGGAAUAUACUAUUGAAAAAUUUGUACAACAAGGACUUCAAUCUUUACAUAUUGAAAUCAAUGAACAUAUUGCCACGGUUCAAUAUCAUUAUACCAAUAUAAUAUUUCAACAAACUUAUUUUGCUCAAAAUUCUAAUACAAAUCAAAAUCUUGACGAAAAACAAAAAUAUAAUCGAACAUUAUUAGAUAAAAAUAAUGGAGGAUAUGCUUAUUUACCUAUAUUUCCAACAGAAUAUGUUGGUCCAAAUGAGUGUUUACUUUUGGCUAAUGUACCAGGUUCGCGUCUUGCACCUCAUCAAAUUAAUCGACGUCAAUAUGGAGCCUAUACUUUCGAUGCACUGAUGCUGAUGAAUAAGUACAAUUAUUCCGAUGAAUUUAGUUUAUCUGAACACGAUGCUAAUGAAUUAGCUUCACGAUUACAAGUAGGCAAAUCAAUAAUUACUUUCAAUGCACAACGACUUCAUAGCAUCUGUCAUACUCUUCUUGCAUUCCAUGAAUCAUUUCGACGACAUGUUCUAUGUAAGAGUGAUGUUGCUCUAAAAGAACCAACACCCAAUUCGAGACAAAUGGCUAUGGCAUUGGAAUUCUAUUUACAAAUCGAUGGUUAG